CUGCUCUGUGCGCAUGCGUCCUUCAGUCCGUCACUCGGAGGAUCCCCUCAGGCAGCUCGGAGCUCAGGUGGAAUAAAAACUGUCCUCCUGCUGUUGUAAAGAGAAACUGAGCGCUGCUGCUCGGGAGGCUGAAGAAGAACAUCUCCAGGAGAACAGAGGGACCCUCAUCACAGGGCGGGAACACGGCGCUAACCGGGCUAGCCGUUAGCAGCAGCAGUCCGUUUAAACGUGCUGUUUUAUCAGAGUCCGAAUCAUGGCGGUCCAGGUGUCCGAGUCCGACCAGAUCAAACAGUUUAAGGAGUUUCUGGGGACGUACAACAAGGUGACGGAGAACUGCUUCAUGGACUGCGUCCGAGACUUCACCACGAGAGACGUGAAGCCCGAGGAGUCGAGCUGCUCCGAGUCGUGCCUGCAGAAGUAUCUGAAGAUGACUCAGAGGAUCUCCAUGCGCUUCCAGGAGUAUCACAUCCAGCAGAACGAGGCUCUGGCGGCUAAAGCUGGCCUGCUGGGACAGCCGCGCUGACCCUGAACCUGGGCCGGGCCGUGCUGGUCCAGCAGAUCGUCCGGCGCUGUAAAAACAGACUCUGAAGCUGCGCGUGAGGACGUUUUGUUGUCGUUUCUGACCUGAAGCUCCGCCCCCUCAGAUUCUAUCUGCAGGGUUAGUCGGCUGUUCUGUGCAUCAUGGGAAAUGUAGUUUCAGAUUCUUUAUUAACAUGCAGAAUAUUCCUUUAAUGUGCACAUUUGUCUUUUUAUUGAACACAACGACCGACCGAUGUGGUGAUGAUGAUGAUGAUGAUGAUGAGCUGACCUCAUUUUUCAUGUCUGGAAAUAAAAAUAAUCCGACAUCAGGAAUGUGUGGAUGUUUUCAUCCCUGUUAGGAAGUGCUUUACUGCAUCCGGCCUCACU